UUCGACUAACUUCGCUUGUAUCGUUGGCCGGACUUCAGGGAAUCGAGACCGCGUGAUGGUUUUUAGGCAGUUUCUCGAAAAGUGGAAAGUGAAAACCACGCCUACGACCACGAGAUUCGUACCAUUCUGCGAUGGCACGCAGUCGGAAAGAUAGCACGGGUAAAAGCGACUCUGAAGCUACGGACAAAGAGAACAAGAGGGAAAGGGGCAAAGAAAGGGAAAGAAAGAAGCGUGCUGCUUCCACAUCUAGCAGCGGUAGUAGUUCUUCAGAUAGUAGCUCAGGAUCGUCGUCUACAAGUAGUGGAAGCAGUUCGAGAUCAAGUUCUAGUUCUAGUACCAGUUCGAGUAGCUCUGGAAGUUCAUCCGGAAGCUCCAGAGACAGGGGAAGGAAGCGAAGUCGAAGUAAAAGUGUUGAUGCCUCUCGUAGACAUGAUAAUAAAGAAAAAGAAAGGGAGAAGGAAAGAGAUAGAGAAAGAGACAGGGAUAGAGAUAGGGACAGGGAUAGAGAAAAGGACAAGAAGAAGAGCAGUAAUUCUGUGAUCGACAAACCUAAACCCAAAGGACGUUCAAGGUCCCCCUCGCCACGUAGAAAACGCAGAGAAAGAUCACCCAUUCCUAGACCAACAAAAAUACACAUUGGACAUUUAACACGCAAUGUCACUAAAGAACACAUUAUGGAAAUUUUCUCAACAUACGGUCAGAUAAAAAUGGUCGACUUCGCUAUGGAUAAGCUUCAUCCUAAUCAAGGCCGAGGUUUCGCUUAUGUGAAAUUUGAAACGGCAGAUGAAGCAGAGAAUGCAAUGAAACAUAUGGAUGGUGGACAAAUAGAUGGCCAAGAGAUUACUGCAGCUCCAGUAUUAUUACCAAAGCCACGACCACUGCCCAUGCGAAGGAUGUCGCCAUUGAUGGGCAGAAGAGCACCUCCACGAUGGGGUGGCGGCGGUAGAAACACUCCCCCGCGCUAUCGGAGACGUUCACCACCUAUCAAUCGUCGUAGGAGUCCAAGACCACCGAGACGUAGGCCAAGAACCCGGUCACGAAGUCCACCGAACAAUCCACGGCACAGACAUCGUCGCUACACGACAUCAAGCUCCAGCAGCACUCUAUAGCAACUUUUGUUUUUUUGUAUAUAUUAUGCAAGAACUGAAUUUGAUCGACCGCAGUUCAUUCUGGUUGAUCAUCUUAAUAUAUUAAGGAAACCAAUUUUUACCGAUUCAAUUCGAACAUAUUUGACAGGGAAGAAGUGUACGCACUGUAAACAAUAGGACUCUGUUCAUGACUGUGUUUACCGGCAACUCACCUUUAUCGAACACUAAAUCGCCGUUCGCGAUCCACAAAUACUGCUUUUCAAAUAUACGAAUUUCACACACGUGUCAAAAUGUUAUUACAAUUGAUUGGUACCUGAAUGACGUUGUGGCGUCAAAACAGAAUGAAAGAAAGAAAUGUAUGUGUAAACACUUAAAUAUUGUGUCCCUUUAUAGUAUUAAAUGAUACUUAUAAUACAUGAA